AUGUCAUCCCAACAUCGUUGUGGAACGAGUUCAUCAUCCCAAACACAAUCCCGAUUUGGUCUUUUUUGUUCUUCCAUGACCACCAUGAUCAAUAGUAAAACAUUGGUGGUAUUGGCAGCUUUUUGGAUUACUUUGGUCGCGGCUACUGCUGGUUAUUAUGUUCAAUCUAGCUCCUUUUUAGGAAUAUUGAAUCCAGCCUAUUUUUGUGCACGAUGCGAAUUUCCCAAUGAUACACCAGCUUCUAUUAAUUUGAAGGAUAAUUUGAAUGAAAAUGUUCGGGGUGGAUUGUAUGAUUGGAAUGCUAGGACUGCUGUGAUUUAUUUUGUAACAGGACAAGAUGUGGAUUUGCAAACGAUUGAGGUAUUAAUUGAAUAUCCGAUUAAGGAAACGAUACUAGUGCUUUCAUCGGAAUUGAGCGUGAAAUAUAGAGUCAAGUUUAAUGGAGAUUCUGCAACUGCGCCCAAUGUUGUGAGCCGAUUGAAGAAAAUUAUUGUCAACUCACCUACCUAUAAUGCCAUUGAAAUGGUUAAUUUUGGUAAUGUGAAAACAAAUGUCACGUAUUUAUGUAAUGAAUCUCCAUGUUCAGCUGCAGCCAUUCGAGUUUCCAAGUCAUAUGUUUGGGCAAGCGGUGGCUCACAGCUUCAAGAGUUGAUGGCUCCAAUUGUUGGGCAAAAUUACACGACAUUUCUUGGAUGUGAACGAACUCAAUCACUCAUGUUAGGUCAGUACGGCCAAGGUACUCAAUGUGAGCCGUUGAGUGGUGGCGUCAUUGCUGCUAUUGUGGUCAGUGUGGUGAUACCAGUUUGCUGUUUUUGCCUAGCAUUGGUUCUUGGACUCCUCAGAGUUUGUCUGGCUUGUCUCAAAUAA